AUGUCAGGGUACGAAGUAUACGAGCCAAAUCAUCACGACUACAUUGAAGUAGUAAACAUAGGGGAAGACAAAAGCGAUUCAGAAGUGACCAUUUUCUAUCGACCGAACAAAAGUUUUCAAUUACUACAAUAUAGGAUAUCACCUCGCGACAACAGUUUUCAAUACGCGACCUUAUACUGUGUAUUACUGGUUGCACCACUAGGGUUUAAAAUCGUCAACGCCUAUUUAGUCAGUGAAAAACAAAGAACAAGACACGGCAGGGACUACACCAUGUUGAAUAUUGUUUCUAGCAAAGAAAACCGAUUCGUCGUUCGCCGAUACAAAAAUGGAGGUGCGUGGUUGAUCCCAUUGCUUACGUUACCUUUUUGUUUUGAAAGAAAUUUUGAAAAUGACUUGGUUAUCUUUCUGAUCUUAUUAUUUAGGGUACCAUUUAGAGAACCCAGACGGAUUUUGGCUGAAAAAGGGCCAAGUUGACCUAAAUUAA